UAUAUAAAUCCCUCCAAUCCAUUCCCCUCCCAAAACCCUCGCCACCCUCGCCUCUUUCUCUAGAACCUUCAGUCUCUCUCUCUCUCUCUCUAUCCCCCUCUAGAAAUGGCGGGUUCCGGCGUGGUAGCUGUGUACGGAAAUGGAGCAAUCACCGAGAGCAAGCAAUCGCCGUUCUCCGUCAAAGUGGGCCUGGCCCAAAUGCUCCGCGGCGGCGUCAUUAUGGACGUCGUCAACGCCGAGCAGGCUCGAAUUGCAGAGGAGGCAGGCGCGUGCGCCGUCAUGGCCCUGGAGCGGGUGCCCGCCGAUAUCCGGGCCCAGGGCGGGGUGGCCCGAAUGUCCGACCCGCAACUCAUCAAAGAAAUCAAGCAGGCCGUGACCAUACCCGUCAUGGCCAAGGCCCGAAUCGGCCACUUCGUCGAGGCCCAAAUCCUUGAAGCCAUCGGCGUCGAUUACGUCGACGAGAGCGAGGUCCUGACCCUCGCCGACGAAGAGCACCACAUCAACAAGCACAAUUUCCGGGUGCCGUUCGUCUGCGGGUGCCGUAAUCUCGGCGAGGCGCUCCGCCGAGUCCGAGAAGGAGCGGCUAUGAUCCGGACCAAGGGCGAGGCCGGCACGGGGAACAUCAUCGAAGCGGUGAGGCACGUGCGGUCCGUGAUGGGGGACAUUAGGGUUUUGCGGAACAUGGACGACGACGAGGUGUUCACUUUCGCGAAGAAGAUCGCGGCGCCGUACGAUCUGGUGAUGCAGACGAAGCAGCUGGGGAGGCUGCCUGUGGUGCACUUUGCGGCGGGAGGGGUGGCGACGCCGGCGGAUGCGGCGCUGAUGAUGCAGCUGGGUUGCGACGGGGUGUUUGUCGGGUCCGGCGUGUUCAAGAGCGGUGACCCGGUGAAGCGGGGGAGGGCGAUUGUGCAGGCUGUGACCCAUUACAGGGACCCAGAUGUACUGGCUGAGGUGAGUUGCGGGUUGGGCGAGGCCAUGGUUGGGUUGAAUUUGAAGGACGAGAAGGUGGAGAGGUUUGCUAAUCGGUCUGAGUGAUGAAACAAUCUUUGUUGUUUGGGAGGAGAAGGAAGCCGGUGUUUGGGUGGGUGGGUU